AUGUCAACAACUACAUCACCGAGAGACUCUGACACCCCCGCACCGGACAUUACGGCGGCCGCGAAUCUUGGCCAAGGGCUUUCCAACGAGCUUGUGUCAAAAGCGGAGUUUCAGAAGUACCGCAUUGUAAGGCCCGGUCCUCAGGCCGACUCUGUGUACUUCAUUGAGACCCACGAGACUCUCUCGAAGAACAAAUUUGACCUCCUACUUCACCAAGGAGACUCUAAGGAUGGAGAAGUUCUUGGGGUUGUGAAAAUGCACCUUCGCGGCUGCACUAUUGGACUUGGCGAUCCAGCCAGAGAGAUAGAGGGCAAGCCAAUGGUAUGGGAGAAAUUGGAACGGCCAGAGAAGUAUGGUCACAAAGUAUACCAUUUUGAUUUCGAAACUGGCGCACAGAGAAUGACGUACACAUACCGAAAAUCAUAUGGUGUACUAGGGAGGCUGAAGAGCAUGGAACUCCGCGCUGGAGGCCUUGAUAAAGAGGAUGGACAGCUCCUGGCAAAGUGGGUAGGAAGCAGCUCUUGGACGAUGAAGGCCGGCAGCUUGUUCAUUGCAAACAUGGCAAAGAGUGGACAAGAUCACAGUGCACAUCUUGACGAAGAGGCUAAGAAAUGGGAGAUAAUGGUUUGUUUGACCGCAUUUGCAAUUAUUGAGAGUCAGCACAGAAGGACACUCGUCAAAUGGCGCGAGUAUCUCGCGUUGAUUGUCGGGAAAGCGAUGGAGAUUGUGGAUUGGUAUACGCACCUCUCUGAAAAGAUGAAUUUGGAAUGGACCGGAGAAGUAUCAAACGAGGCCUACGGUGAGGAGUAUUGGCAUGACAUUGAAGUUGGAUGGAACACGCAUGUCUUCCAGCCUCGACUCCCUCAUGCCAGAAUGACAUUCGGUGGUAUCCUGGAUGAUCUCAUAAUAGAAAUCUCUGAGCUUUUCUGUUGCCUUAUGGUGAUCGGCGACGCACGAUAA